AUGAUGGAUUUCCUUGCACAUCCCCUUUCGCUUCAGACCGUGUACUUGCUGGUUUCCGUUGCCAUCGCCUGGAGUGCCGCCAUCGUCGUCUAUCGUCUGUAUUUCAGUCCCAUCGCCAACGUCCCCGGACCCAAGCUCGCUGCUGCCACGGGCCUGGUGGAGAUUUGGUAUGAUUUGGUCUUGGGAGGACAGUAUGUCUUCCAGAUUGAGAAGUGGCAUGAGCAGUAUGGUACGUAACGCCGAGUCUGGGAAAGCUGUUCAGGUUGGUUGAGCGCGAUCAACGGUGCUUGCAAAUGCGACAAUACCCAAUGUCAGACAUGUCCUUCCAGACCGAUCGAUCCAGCGCCAGCUUCCAGGAAAUCCCUCUCCAUCAGGAACGGAAUGGCUAACGAUAGACUUCACAGGUCCCAUCGUUCGCAUCACCCCAUGGCAAGUCCACAUCCGCGACCCGGACUUCCACGACGAGCUGUACACGAUGAAACAGCCUAGACAUCGCAAGCUGGAUUACAUCUGCCAUCGAUUCAACACGCCCAGUUCGCUGUCCGACACGCCCGACUCGGAUCUCCACGACCGCAGACGAGCGCCGGUAGCGAGUCUCUUCUCCCGGCAGAGGGUGCAGCAAUUGCUGCCUUCCGUCCAGCAAAAGGCCCAUCGCGUCGUGGAUCACAUUCAAAGGUAUUGCGACGAGGAAGGCAAGGUUGUCCGCCUGGACAAGGCAUGGGCCGCGUACGCCACCGACAACGUCCUCUGGUUCACGCUGGCUAUGAGUUACAAUUUCGUCGAUGCGCCGGGCUUCCUCUGCUCCUUCACCGAGGCCACGAGCAAUCUCAUCUAUUCUAUCCACUGGCUGACGCAUUUUCCCAUCUUGAUGAAAGUCUUCAAUGCCAUUCCGCCCAAGACUUUGACGAGGCUGAGUGAAGAAAUCGGAGCAAUAUUCCAAUUCCAAGAGGUACGUAGACAUGGGCUCCGCUUGCUCAGCAGGCCCUCGUACUGGUGUACGGCUUAGAUUGACUAGUGCUCCUGCAGGAUGUUCGCGGUCAGGUCCGGCGAGUCGUGUCUGGUGAGAAUGAAGGGCAUAAAGCUGUUGCCCACCGGACUGUCUUCCACGAGCUUUCCAAGGAAAUUGGACAGGCUCCGGGUGCCAUGAAAGAGAUGUGAGUCCAGAGCCUAAAGCAUCGUCCUUAGCAUCGCUGAACAAUAUUUUCAGGGAAGACAAUGGCGUCAACACGACGCUUGCCGGCGUGGAGACCACAACCCGAUCAGGAUCUCUCACGAGCUUCUGGAUCUUGAAGAAGCCGGAAGUGCAUGCCAGGUUGAAGGCAGAACUCGAAGCCGCUAUUCCCGACCCAAUGGACAUCCCAUCCUUUACAGAGCUCGAGAAGCUUCCGUAUCUGAAUGCGGUAAUUCAAGAAGGUAUGCAGUACUGAACCCAGUCUAGCUUGAUCCUGUCCCUUUUCAGCAGCAAAUCUUUGGCUGAGUAGUAACACAUUGGCAGGCCUACGCCUGACAUACGGCGUCAGCGGCCGCAUCGCACGAUGGAACCCGUCCAUAUCCGUCCGCUACAGAGACUACGUCCUCCCUCCGCGCACAGAAUUCGCCAUGACACCCGCCCUCCAACAUCGCAAUCCCGACAUCUUCCCCGGACCGCUCGAGUACAUUCCCGAGCGCUGGCUCGACAAUCCCGUCUCGCCCUCAGGUCAUCCGCUUUCCAAAUACAUGGUCGUGUUCAGUAGAGGGCCGCGCAUGUGUCUGGGCAUGCAUCUCGCUCAGGCGGAACUCUUUAUCGGAAUUGCGACCAUCUUUCGGAGGCUGGAUGUGGGGCUGUUGGAGACGGAGAGGGAUGUGGUCGAUAUGGCGGCGGACUAUUUCGCGCCGGUGCCGGGGAAUGCGAAGGGUGGAGUGAGGAUUAGGAGGAAAGCUGGUGAUGAAGAGUUGGGGGAGUGA